CUUCUGCCCAUGCUCGCGAGGAGAACGGGAGAAGGCGACCCAGACUGCAGCUGAUCGGUGAGUUGUAGUGAUGUAAUGUUGCCCGCUUGGUGACUACGGAUGGCUGUUUGCGCCAGGCUCUGCGGAGUGGGUCAGUCUCGGAGGUGCCGCAGGCGACAGCGGAACAACCAGCAGGAUCAGGGCAGCGACUCGGACAUGGACGAGGAGGAAGGGGAGCGGAUCGUGGGCCAGCGGCAAGGCGUCGCAGGUGGCGGCGCAGGAGGCCCCGAGCUCGGCGUCGCGGCCACUGCAGGGCCGAGUGACGCGAGUGAAUAUGGCAGCGGUCAUGUCAACAGAGGAGGCUCUCUGGAUCGCACAAGCACGGGACCUCCACACCCGCAGUCGCUGGUGGAGCUGCCACCGGAGCUUUUAGUAGAAAUACUCUCCUUGCUUCCCGGAACAGCUCUGCCUAAUGUUGCCCUCGUCUGCAAAAAAUUCAGACAAAUCCUCAACACAGAAACGAUCUGGAGAAGGAGGUGCAUGGAAGAGUUUGGCAUGAAGGAGGAUCUGAGGAAGAUGGAAGCAGGGGGCGUAUCCAGUCAGGACCUCUAUGUUAAACGUGUCAACCCGCGGGUGAAGUCUGGGCGCUUUAUGAAGCUCCUCCCGGACUACGAGCACAUGGACUAUAAAGACGUGUACACGCACUUGCUUCACCCAUACAGGCACAUCUUGGGCCUGUGGCAACCUGACAUAGGGCCUUAUGGCGGGUUGCUCAAUGUUGUGGUGGACGGGCUUUUCAUCAUUGGCUGGAUGUACUUGCCGCCUCACGACCCCCGUGUGGAGGAUCCCAUGAGAAGACGUCCACUCUUCCGUAUCCACCUGUGGGAGAGCAAGAAGGCCACUGUGGAGUGCAUGUAUGGACACAAAGGUCCCCACAGAGGAGACAUACAGACCGUAAAGAAGGAUGAAUUUUCAACAAAGUGUAACCAGACAGAUCAUCACCGCAUGCCUGGAGGCAGACAGGAGGAGUUCAGGACGUGGCUGGAGGAAGAAUGGGGCCGGACGCUGGAAGAAAUCUUUCAUGAACACAUGCAGGAGCUCAUUCUGAUGAAGUUCAUCUAUACUAGUCAAUAUGAUAAUUGCUUGACGUACCGGAGGAUCUACCUGCCUCCAGUGAAGCCCUCAGACCUGCUGCAGCCAGGCCUGUUCAAAGGUACCUACGGAAGUCAUGGAUUGGAGAUCGUCAUGCUCAGUUUCCAUGGGAAUUCUGCGAGAGCCACCAAACUCACUGGAGACCCGAAUGUUCCUGCAGGGCAGCUCACGCUGGAUGUUGACCUGAGUCGGCCAGUGGUCCUCCCAGACCUGGAGCAGCAGCGCAACAUCGAGGAGCUCUCCCGGCUGGUAAUGGGGGUACACGAGCAGGUACAGAGGGAGGUGGAACAGCAGGCCAGUGGCACUUCCGCCACAGUGAGACAUGCAGCAGAAGAUGCCUGCGGAGCUGCCAGCGGGGAGGAAGAGCUGGCAGCAGACCUGGAGGCCUUUUCACACAGCUGCCAGUGUGACCCCAGCGCCACCAGCAGCAGCAGCAGCAGCAGCACCACCACCUCCACCUCCACCAAUCCUCCUGAAGCCCAGCCCUUCGUCCUGCCUCUGGGGGUGAUGGCUCGCAACGAGGUGUACCCUCGCACCUGCAGGAAAUGUUUCUAUGGGACUGGCCUGAUUGCCGGGCAUGGCUUUACCAGUCCGGAGCGCACCCCGGGGCUCUUUGUGCUGUUUGAUGAGGACCGUUUUGGUUUCAUCUGGCUGGAGUUGAAGUCUUUCAGCCUUUACAGUCGCCUGACGGACCACCUGCCCCACGCUCACGCGCCUAACAUGGAGCGGUUUGAGGCCAUGCUGCGCAACAUGCAGUCCUGGACAUCCUGAUACACCGAGCUUUAAUCCCCCUCCACAAAAUACAAGGCAUAAUAACAACCAUUACACACAAAUCACCUCUGUCCGUCGCCGGCACCACUACCGUGACGGCUCAUGACCUAAACUCUCCCGUUUACUGCCUGACUUCAGCUAAUUAAACGCGUCACCCUGACCUUGCACACUUCUGCGCCUGCUCCAAUGCAAGCACUUCGAAAAGGCCUCCGCAGUUACCAUCUAUCACCUCUCUUCAGUCUGACCUUAAUCCUCCAGUGCAGCAUGAUAACAGGUCACAUAAAGGUUUAUUUAUUUAUUUAUUCCCUGCAGUAAAAAAAAAAAAAAAAAAGAAAAAAAAAAGAAAUG